UAACACAUUAGCUUGGACAUAAGGCUAUAAUGUCCAUUCUCUCCAUUGAGGAACUUAGCUUGAAAGAUGAAGACUGUCUUUCACCAAUCGUGUCACAAGCCACAGACACUGACUCUGACCAAGACUUGGACUCCGACGAGAAAAUCAACAUCACCAAAGAGAUGUCUGUCGCUGAGGUGUACAUGGAGGCCUGCAAACUGGUGGGUGUGGUUCCGGUUUCGUACUUUAUUCGAAACCUUGGCUCCCCCACAAUGACACUCACCCACCAUGGGCUCGGAUCCUUAGGUUGCAAAGCACUCGCUAUCGCUUUGGUGUCUGAUGUGCACAUCAGGACUCUUGAGCUCGCAUACAAUCACAUUCAAGCUGAAGGGGUCAAAUGUCUGGUGGAGCUGCUGAGGGCUAAUUUUACUAUUCAGCACCUGGAUUUAUCAAACAAUCAUUUGAAAUCUGAAGGAGCUGAGCAUGUAGCUAAAAUGUUGCUGGACAGCAUUUCUCUGAAGUCUAUAAAACUUUCAGGAAAUGGAUUCACAGAUGAUGAUGCUAGCCAUUUCACAGAAGCACUGUCAACCAACUCCAGGAUAAAGGAUCUGGACCUGAGCCAUAAUAAGUUUUGUGGGAGAGGAGGAGAACAUUUGGGACAGCUACUGGCAAACAAUGAGGGCCUGGAGGUUCUGGAUCUCAGCUGGAAUCAUCUUAGAAUGAAAGGGGCUGUGGCUUUUUCUGCAGGGUUUAAGGUGAAUAUGAUGCUGAAACAUCUGGAUUUAUCGUGGAAUGGUUUCGGAAAUGAAGGAGCCCUGGCCAUGGGUGAGGCCCUAAAGUUCAACAACACUCUGGUGCAUCUCAACCUCAGCUACAACUGCCUCACCAACGAAGGUGUCAGCAUGCUCUGCAGAGGUCUCGAAUACAAUGAAACGCUACGAGUCCUCCUGCUGGCUUAUAACUCUAUAACAGUAGAGGGCGCUCUGGCCCUGGUCAAUGUGGUGAAGAACACACCAAAAACAGCUCUGGAGCAGAUCAACAUAUGUAAUGUUCUGGUGAAUGAGAACUUUGUGAAUCUGUUGGACCUGACUUGUCAGGAGCAUCCUGAUCUGGAUGUGCAGUAUGAAGGAGUCGGAGGUUUUAUCGCUCAUAAACCACCCAAACGAGUCGAUCCAAUGAAAAUCAUUCAGGAUUAUCUGGAUAAACGCAAGCUGCGUCUCUGGGAUUUCUUUCGGAAUAUUGACAAAGACGGCACCAUGCGAGUCCCUGUUUCUGACUUCAGGAAGGCAGUUCAGCAAUCAAGCAUUCCCUUGGACCGAUACCAGAUCGAGGAGCUGAUUCACAGGCUUGAUCGGGACCGGACAGGAGUAGUAGAUUACAGGGGACUGGCAGAUACAAGAAAACAGAUGAUGAGAGAUCACCGACGUCAGCUGAAGAAAGUAGAGUCCCGUCAGAAGAAAGAGAAGCAGAAGAGUGACCGCAUACUGCAGACCUUCCAGACCGCAGUGGAAGCCGUCACACCUCGCAGCUCCAUGAUCAUCUCCCCAGGAGGUGCCAAAGACGAGUCCGGUGGCCCCCAGCCCUUUUCUGCUACCCCGCUCAGUUCCUGGCACCACAUUGUCAUGUCAAACAGCAGCCGCUACUCCGUCACUAACCUGAGCGGUGAACAUGUCCAUCUCCCCAUGUUGGGAGGAAUCUCCCCUUACUAUCGUCCCACCAGUUCUCCAGCGAUGCGGUCCUACUCUCAACCCAACCUGCUGGCUGACUCUUCCCACUCUCCAACAAACAAAUCCAUCUCUGCUCAGGGCAUUCGCUCUGAUCUAGAGAUGGAGCACAGCAAGCUAAGUCCUACUGAGAACAGCCUGACCAGGUCCAGGCCUGCUCUUAGUGCAGAACAGCCAGAGAGUAAAGUCAAAACUAAGAAAUUAAAGAAACGAAAACUGAAGAAGCACAUUGAUAAAAGCUCAAAGAAUCCUACAAAAAGCAUCAAGUAACGUCAGCUUUGUGAUUUAAGAAAAAAUAUGGAGUCUUACUGAAAAUAUUUGCCAUUCUUUGACAGUCUUCUUUAUUCUGCUGUGAAAACUACUUCCCCUCUUACAGAUUCCUUCAGUUUGGGAUAAUCAGUUUCAGAUAAUGAAAUAAUUUUAAUAUCAGACAAAGACAACCUAACUAAAGACAUUAAAAUUAAAAUAAUGAAAUUGGAGUAGAAAUCUAUAUAU